AUCUGGCAACACUGUCACCCGCGUCGUUUUGUCUUUUGGACUUCUCCAUUUAGCUCCUUUUCCUUUUGGAAAUGUAAAAUCGAUUCAAAAGAAGCCGGAAAAUGGCCCAAUACACUCCCCACCAGCCACUGGCCACGCCCACCGCCCAGGAGUUUGGAUUCCCCUACACACCAUACGGAAUCCAGGAGCAGCUGAUGCAGGAAGUCUUCCAAGUGCUCGAAAACAGGAAGAUUGGCAUAUUUGAGAGCCCCACGGGUACAGGGAAAUCCCUCACACUCACUUGUGGCGCUCUCACCUGGCUGGCGAGGCACGAGGAUCUGGUGCGAUCGGAAAUGCUGGCGAGGAUUCGCCGGGUGCAACUAGAGGUGGUCAAACUGGAACAGGAUGGUAAGCAGGCCAGGGAUUGGCUAGAGAGUCAGGGGAACUGCAGGCUACAGGAGGAGGAGCUCCGCAAGCUGCAGCACUUGCAGGGGCUGCUGGACCAACAGGAACAUCAACUGGCGGAGAUCAGGAAGCGGGCAAAGAUCCAUAAAAAGCAAAGGCGGGAGGAGCACCCACCCAAGCCAGAGGACCUUGAUAAGGACCUGGAAUCUAACUCCGACUCGGAUUCAGAGCACGAAACUGCAGAUGGACCCCAGGGAACCAGCGAAGAUCGCUAUCGGCCAGUGCAGAUCUUUUUCUGCAGUCGCACCCACUCCCAGUUGACUCAAAUCGUGGCGGAACUGCGUAAGACACCGCAUGCCCAGUCGGUGAGGUGCAUUUCUCUGGGCUCCCGGCAGCAAUUGUGUGGGAAUCCCCAGGUGCGCAGCCUCCGGCAAGUGGGACUCAUGAACGAGCGUUGCCUUGAGAUGGCUAGCCAAAAGGCACAGCCCAAUCCCAGCAAGAAAAGUAGACUGACUGCAGGUGCGGGCAGUAGGUGUCCAUUUAAAGCGCCUUCUUUGGUGGAAUCCCUUCGAGACUUGGCUCUCACUGAACCGAUGGACAUUGAAGAGCUGGCCAGCGAGGGAGUCGCCUGCGGUGCCUGCUCGUACUACGCAUCCAGAUCCGCUUUGGAGCAGGCUCAACUGAUUCUACUGCCAUAUCAGCUGCUACUCCAGAAAUCCGCCCGCAACCAGCUGGGCAUAAAUCUCAAAGGAUCCAUCGUUAUCGUCGAUGAGGCCCAUAACCUUUUAGACACUUUGGCCCAGCUUCAUGGCGCUGAAAUCAACCGUCAGCAAUUGGAGCGGGCCAAACUGGAGAUCUCUGGCUACAAAGAGCACUUUCAGAAACGUUUUAGCACCAAGAAUCUCUUGAAAAUCAACCAACUUAUCUUCAUAGUUCGCCAGUUGCUUAAGAUGCUCGACCGGGAUGAGGAUCGGGCCCAGCUCCACACCUCAAGAAUGCUGCGCACCUAUGAACUAACCGCCGAAGGUGACUUUUUUAACAUCGAUCUCUCUGAGCUUUUGGAUUUUUGCGCACGCACUCGUUUUGCCCGUAAGGUCCAGGGACAUGCGGUUAAAAUGCAAAGGGAACCGCGGCACAGUGAGAAUCAGCCGCCCGUGUCAUCGGCGAGGAGUCAGAUUCUCCAGAGGUUGGCCAGCGAGCAAAAGCAAAAAGAGCAGCCCAAGCAGCCGGUCAAGAGGAAACUAGAAAUUUUCCAGGAAAAAGUGAAGGAGCCCACAAAAAUCCCUGUGCUAGAAGUAAUUCCAUCCCCCGUAAGACCAUUGCUCGCAUUUUUGGGAACCCUCACCAGCAAUGCAGAGGAUGGCCGGAUUUUAUUAGAUUCUCAAGAGGGAACUGUAAAGUAUAUACUGCUCGAUCCUGCCGAGCAAUUUGCUGAUAUCGUUGGCGAAGCUAGAGCGAUUGUGAUUGCUGGCGGAACCAUGCAGCCCACUCAGGAGCUGAAGGAGCAGCUGUUUGCCAGUUGCCAAGAUCGCCUGGUCGAGCGUUUCUACAGUCAUGUGGUGCCCGACGAUGCGGUCUUGCCCUUUGUUGUGUCCAAUGGUCCAAAGGGUGCUCCUUUGUGUUUUAAAUUUGCCCAGAGGGCAAGUAUAGAAAUGCUCCAGGAGCUGUCAAUGAUCCUCCAGAAUCUCUGCCAAGUGAUACCAGGCGGUGUGGUUUGCUUUUUGCCAUCCUACGAGUAUUUGGAUAAGGUUUACAAACAUUUAGAGCAGUCCAGUGCGCUUGAGAGGAUUGCGCGCAAGAAAAGCGUUUUCAGGGAGGUCUCGGGCUCAGCGGACCAGCUCUUGGAGAAGUAUGCCGCAGCUAUUAAGGUAUCAUCUGGCUCCGGAGGAGCCCUGCUCUUGAGUGUCGUCGGAGGAAAGCUCUCCGAGGGCCUAAACUUUGCAGACGAUCUUGGCCGGGCAGUCCUGGUAGUGGGUCUACCAUAUCCCAAUCGCCAGUCGCCGGAACUGCAGCAGCGAAUGCGACACCUAGAUGAAAAGCUUGGUUUUGGAUGCGGCAAUGAAUUCUAUGAGAAUCUUUGCUUGAAGGCUGUCAACCAGUGCAUUGGACGAGCAGUUCGUCACAUCAAUGACUACGCUUGUGUUUAUCUGCUAGAUGAACGCUUUGCGAAUCCAAGGAUACAGAGAAAGCUACCAGAAUGGAUUUCCCGCCACAUUGUGCAGGCGAGUACUGGAAAAGGAGGCUUUGGAGCUGUUCAAGCGCAAACUGCAAGAUUUUUUAAGAGCAGAUAAGUCAAAUCCAAACCAAUCAUAGAUCGAAAUUUAAUCAUUUUUUACAUUUAGUUUUUAAAUAUUCAAAGUAUUGUAAUUAUUACUUUGGUAGGAAAUCCACCUAGUGAUAAAUUGCACCGGGAGAACACCAUUGCAAUCGGACAAUUUUUAGAAGUUAUAAUAUUUUUAAGAUUUUUGGGUAAUUUUCUAAUUUAGUGUGUAUGGUUUGUCCGGUCUAUUUAAUCUUUUUAUGACCUGGUUUUUUUGUUAACAAAACGUUUGAAACAGCCGCUAGUCAAAUUUAAAAUAAUUUUUCGUCACACAUACUGAUAUUACAUAUUUUAAUGUUGAAAUUAUGGAAUUUAUUGAAUUAUUUUUUUUAUACAAAAAUACUUUUAGUUACUUGCAAAAAUAUUUUAAGGAAUUUAAUGCAAAACAGUAUGUACCACGUUAUCAGUAUAAAAAACAAAAACUUAAGAAAUGUAUUGCUUAGUAAUAUUCCAUUAUUAUUAUUGUGACUAGUGCGAUAGUAAUAAGCUUACGCUUGCAGCACUGGGAUAAAAAACAAAAUAUAUUAUUAACCAAAUAUUAGCGAACAUUAAAACAGUUCCAAUAUUUCGCUAUUCUUUUUGAAAAUUUCGAAAUGGAAAUUGAAAAUAUUGUACAAG